UUCAAAGCAUCUUUGUGGCUUGCGGUAAAGCAGUUAAAACAUCUUUGUAGCUGCAUAUUAUUACUGUACACUAAAUAAAGGAUCUGAGUCGACAGCCUCUCUUGGCAUUUUAUUCAACAACCUUGUGGUAAACAGUGUGGUGUCCUACUGGUACAGCAGUUUGGUAGCAACACACUGUGUCCUACAGGGGGUUUUCUGUGGAGGUAAGUCUGCCAGGGAGCACCAUUUCCUCUGAUGAAUAAUUCAUUUAAAAGAAUUAAGCGGCAUUAAGGUUUUCAAGUUGUUUUUCCUUAAAAUCUCUGUGUGGGUUUGUCCCUUAGGCUGCCUUUUAAAUUAAUAAGGACUUCAUCUGGAGUAUUGUUGUACUUCUGCCUUCCAGCGGAGCGGUUCAAGUUCCAUUCCCUGAUAUAAAUGUUACUAAGAAAUGUUAAAAUUGUGCAGUUGUAUAAGGUAAAGAAGGCUGCGUUGCUUCACCUAAGCGGGGAAGUUAAAUAACUGACGAAGUACUUAAUAGUUCAGCUCGCAUCACCAGGAAGCUCGGAUAUUUAAGUGUGUGAGGAAACACAGAUUCGCGUCAUGAUGUCUGGACAAAGGGUAAACUCUCCACAAAACACAAGCUUCCGACUUGUUACGUAAGAGAAGCGAAAUGUUUUCCAACACUAGUCUGAAAACACGGUGGGUCUGCCAGAUUCUUAGGUAAACUCGCGUCGAACGGUUGACUCCCGACCCGGCGCUGUGAAAAAGGAAGUUUCCAGAACGCCGCGUGUAAGACCUGUGGUAAACGAAGACAGACGGUUCAUGGAUAUUUAAAACUGUACUAACGACGCCGCUGCUCACAGAAUGAAAAAACAACAGACGGCUCGUGUGAGACGCCGGCACGCGAAGACGCUGAGCAGGAGCGCGCAUCGGCGGAACGACCGGGGGGGGGAAGAAGAGCAGCGGGGAGCUGAUGGUCACGAGCCAGACUUUCACCAUAUCCGGACAUCUCCUGCCAUCUUGUAGUCCGGAAAACUGAGGAUAGUCUCCAUUGUUAUCGACUCAUCCACCGACUAACGAUAACUCCAGGGAACUUUGGGGUGGCUGAGACAGGGGGAUCCCCAGGCCAGGACCCAUGAGGAGGCGUAGAAGAUGCUCGCUGACUGGGUGCCUCUGCUCUUCCUCGCCACAUGGAUGAGGAGCAGCACCAGCAGCCCGCUCUCCUUCCGCAUCGCCGCCAUCCUGGACGACCCAAUGGAGUGCAGCCGGGGUGAGCGGCUGGCCAUAACACUUGCCAAGGACAGCAUCAACCGCUCCAGCAACCGCUCCAGCACAGGCAAGCUAGAAGUUGACAUCUUCGAACUGCUGAGGGACAGCGAGUACGAGACAGGGGAGACCAUGUGUCAGAUCCUGUCCAAGGGGGUGGUGGCAGUCCUAGGCCCAUCGGGAAGCCCCGCGUCCAACUCCAUCAUCAGCAACAUCUGCGGAGAGAAAGAGGUGCCCUACGUGAAGGUUGCCCCUGAGGACAUCCUGAAGGUGCAUUUUCCCCGUUUUACCACUCUGGACUUGCGGCCCACCAACACUGACGUCAGCCUGGCUGUGGCUGGCCUCCUCAGCUUCUUCAACAGCACCACGGCGUGUCUGAUCUGCACCCGGUCUGACUGCUUGCUGAACCUGGAGCGGCUUUUGCGUGAGUUCCUAAUCUCCAAGGAGACACUGUCAGUGCGCAUGUUGGAUGACAGCCAGGACCCCACACCGCUCCUCAAAGAGAUUCGCGAUGACAAGACUGCUACCAUCAUCGUGGAUGCCAACUCCACCAUGUCCCACAUCAUCCUGGAGCGAGCCUCAGGUUUAGGGAUGCUCUCUGUCUACUACACCUACAUCUUCACCUCACUGGAGUUCUCUCUUCUGCGACUAGAUGAGGUGGCCGACCAGCGGGUCAGCAUUGUGGGCUUCUCCGUCUUCAACCGCUCCCACCCCUUCUUCCAGGACUUUCUCCUUAGCCUUCAUCGCUCCUGGCAGGAGAACUGCGACCAUGCGCCAUUUGCCGGGGCUCCGCUCUCCUCAGCGUUGCUGUUUGAUGCGGUGCAUGUGGUGGCCGCCGCCGUCCAGGAGCUGAACCGGAGCCAAAGUGUGGGUGCUACACCUCUCUCCUGCAAGUCCUCCAAGAUCUGGGAACACGGUACCAGUCUGAUGAACUACCUGCGCAUGGUAGAAUUGGAAGGUCUAACUGGUCACAUUGAGUUCAACAGCAAGGGCCAGCGCUCCAACUAUAUCCUAAGGAUCAUGCAGAACAGCAGAGAGGGCCUGAGGCAGAUUGGCCAGUGGCACUCAGAGCAGGGUUUGUCCAUGGAGCGGAAGUUGCCAUCGGUCAAUAUGACGGACACACUCUUCAACACCACCCUCACCAUCACCACCAUCCUGGAGAACCCCUAUGUGAUGCUGCGGCACAACCACCAUGAGCUAGAGGGCAACGAGCGCUAUGAGGGCUUCUGUGUGGAUAUGCUGAAAGAGCUGGCGGAUAUCCUCAAGUUCAAGUAUCGCAUCAGGCUGGUGGGCGAUGGUGUAUACGGUGUGCCUGGGGCCAAUGGCACCUGGACUGGUAUGGUGGGAGAACUCAUCUCCAGGAAAGCUGAUCUCGCUGUGGCUGGACUGACCAUCACUGCUGAGAGGGAAAAGGUUAUUGACUUCUCCAAGCCCUUCAUGACCCUCGGGAUCAGCAUCAUGUACCGGGUACAUCUGGGCCGUAGACCCGGGUAUUUCUCAUUCCUGGAUCCCUUCUCCCCAGGGGUGUGGCUCUUCAUGCUCUUGGCCUACCUGGCUGUCAGCUGUGUUCUUUUCCUUGUGGCCAGACUGACUCCCUAUGAGUGGUAUAAUCCUGACCCCUGUCCAAGGGGGCGCUGCAGCAUGCUCAUCAACCAGUACUCCCUGGGAAACAGCUUCUGGUUUCCCGUUGGGGGGUUCAUGCAACAGGGAUCUGCCAUUGCCCCCCGGGCCCUGUCCACUCGCUGCGUCAGUGGUGUCUGGUGGGCCUUCACCCUCAUCAUCAUCUCAUCCUACACGGCCAACCUGGCUGCCUUCCUCACUGUGCAGAGGAUGGAGGUGCCCAUUGAGUCUGUGGAUGAUCUGGCUGACCAGACAGCCAUUGAGUAUGGUACCAUGCACGGUGGAUCCACCAUGACCUUCUUCCAGAACUCACGGUACCAGACAUACCAGCGCAUGUGGAACUUCAUGCACUCCAAACAGCCCAGUGUGUUUGUGAAGAGCACAGAGGAAGGCAUCGCCCGUGUGCUCAACUCCAACUACGCCUACCUGCUAGAGAGCACCAUGAACGAGUACUACCGCCAGCGCAAUUGCAACCUCACCCAAAUCGGGGGGCUGCUGGAUACCAAGGGUUAUGGCAUUGGAAUGCCUGUAGGCUCUGUGUACAGGGAUGAGUUUGACCUCGCCAUCCUCAAACUGCAGGAGGACAACCGCCUGGAGAUUCUGAAAAGGAAAUGGUGGGAUGGUGGCAGGUGUCCCAAGGAAGGGGACCAUCGUGCCAAAGGCCUUGGCAUGGAGAACAUUGGUGGGAUCUUUGUUGUGUUGGUAUGUGGCCUGCUGGCAGCCAUCCUCAUAGCUGUGCUGGAGUUUGCCUGGAUGCUACGCCGAACACCCAGGACUCAGUCAGCAUGUGAGGAGAUGCUGCGGGAGCUGCAGGGAAUCCUGCUGUGCCGGGACAGCUUGCAGCUCCGCCGGCGCCAGGGGGCCGGGGGGCCACGCCCUCGCCCUCUGUCCCUGGAGGAUCGCCGUUCACGUGCCGCCGCUGUCAGCCUCAGUAACGGCAAGCUGUGUGCGGGGACAGGCCUGAGUGUGGCUGUUUCCGAGCCGCUGCCUCACAGACUGGCGACAGAGGCCGCCAUGGUGGCCAGGGGCUGCAGCCAUGUGCGCAUCUGUCCCGAGUGUCGGCGCUUCCAGGGCCUGCGGGCACGGCCCUCCCCCGACCCCAGCGAGGACAGCGUGGAGUGGGACAAGACCACUAACAGCAGCGAACCUGAAUAACACCCCCCAUCCCCAUGUACUGGCCACACCCUUCACUGAGGGCUGGGACAUCCUGACAAGAGCUUCCAUCCCCCCUGUGAUUUCAGGUGAGGGGCUGUUGGCAGAGGUCUGGUAGCUCUGGAGCGGCACACUUCUUCCCCACUGAGGGGGGGUGGAAUCCUCUGGGCACUGAGAUCAUGGCAGAUGAGAGAAGUCCCUGUUGGCACAGAGGUGAGGAGUCCUUGCUGUGUGCACAAUCACCUGAGCCCCACGCUGCCUCAGGUUCUGGAGAUUCAGAAGAUUGGAGAGAAUACAGAAGAGCACCCUACUAUGCAGCCUUUACUGUGCCAUCAGUCUGUUUUUAAAUGGCCCCACUGAGUUGUGUUAUUCUCCUUGCUUUUAUGGUUGUUGUUGUUCCAGUCAUCAAAAGUACGCUGUUUCCAAGGCUGGUGUCCACACGUACUCUGCCGCUGCAGGUGGUGAAGAAGAGACCUGUCAAGCUGUUUUACACCUAUAAAUGUCUUCAAAGGGCCAACAGUGAAGGAUGCUGGGAAACAGUGUGAUGGCAGCAGUGUGAACAACACAAAAACACUUAUUCAGUAAUGUGCAUUUUAUACCUUGUAGUUGCAAAAUGUUCUGUAAAAAUGGUUUGAAGAAAUUUCUGAGAGACUGCAGUGCAUGUUGAGAAAGUACAAUUGGUGGUGUGAUGAAAGCAAUUGAUUUAAGACCUGUUUCUUUUUAUUAAUCUUCCCUGCAACAGAAUAAUGCGUUGUCCAAUCAGACAUGUCUUUCUAUGGUGUGUGUUUUUUUUUUUUUUUUUUUUUCCCCUCUUCUUCUUCUCUCUAUUCCUGUGUUCUGGAAUUCCUACCUUCAUGCCCUUCCAGAGACCUUCUGUAUCAUGGUGGAGCACAUGUUCCUCAUGGAGUGCUUUUCAAGUAUCCUUUGGGUCCAGAUGUACAGUAUCAGUUACAAGUUUGUUUGCACUUGGUGGUGAUAGUUUUUGCUCACAAGGCUUUCUGUAGACAAGUUUUAAUCAGGAAACGAGCCGGCUUGUCUCCAAAGCUCUUCUGCGCUAGUUUCCAGAUGUAUGACGCUUGUGGGUUGCUUUUCUUUCACUCUUUGUCUUCAGUUCAUUCCAGUACUGUAAGGGUUGACCUGAUGUACUCAAACUUUUGACUACAAAUGUAUUUGUCAUUACUUCCUCGCCUCUGGGAUUUUGUUCAGGACCCAUGUGUUCCCAUCAUGGUGUCUUUGUGUGGCUGCAUUGAUUGCCAUUAAAUGCUUGUCUGUUCACAGUGCAUGGUUAGCAGAAGCUCAUCUGGCAGGUCAGUACAGAAAGUACCGGAAGUGUGACUCACUUAGGUGCCAUCAGUGGCCUUGUGUGGAGGCAGGGAUAGAGUUUGUGGUGCACAGGUCAACAGACAGUCAAUCCCUUAGUCUUGCAGGGAAGCACAUUUGUCCUAACAUGGCCUGCAGCUCUGCUGUUGAGAUCUCAUGGUUACAGGUGAGACUCUACAGACCGAGGUCCAGUGACUGCGAUCCAGAUUGUACAGUGAUAAUGUAUACAGCCUACGUGGUGCGUGUUACGGACUCUGGUGUCUGAAGCCAGGGUUUCAGCCGCUUCUCCCCAUUAAGAAAGGCUCUUUGUAAAUGCAAAUAGAUUUCGUUUCAAUUCUUACACUCUGUCUUUUUUCCCUAUUCAAUCAUCCGUAAUGCCAUUAAAGUAGGAAUUCAUUAUUUAAACCAGUCUCCAUGUUGAAAUGGCUUAUUUCUGUUUCAGAUUACAUUACCAUGGAGACAAAAUGCAGUUGGGUCAGGUCGAUGUAAUUUUUCCAGAGUGUAAAUAGCAGUUAAUAAUGGUAGUAUAUUUGUGCUACCCGCAGCCGUCACGUCGGCAGUAUCCACGGAGACGCCCCGUUCCGACAGUCGUCUUGUGCACUUUCUUUGUAGAGACUUUGUGGAGAUCAUAACAAUGCUCAUUUCUGCCACGGUCUGGGCAGCGGGCAGCGUCCCCUGUGUACACAUUACCGUCAUAGUGAAAGAAGUGCGUGUGCGUUCCACUUUCAGAUGUGGUCAGCUUCUUCAAAAUGAAGAGUCUGCUUCUCACCCGAGUGGGAGAAGCAACAGGCAAGCACAGAACUUGAGAGCGCUCGUGGUAAAGCACGAUAACAUCCGAACCGCAUCUUUAAUUGUCAGUGUUUUCGGCCAGUGCGGUGGGUGGCUGAUUCAGGUCACAUGACCUCUGCCCAUCAGCAGGGAGACGCAUCUCUGAUAAAGGGCAGACCGUGAGUGAUGUCCAGGCGAGCUUCUUCCGUGCUGAAGACACAGAUGUAAACGACUUAGUUGGAAUAAAUCCUUAAGCUGCGGAAACGCAGACACACAAAGCAUGUCUAUCUCUUCUAGGACCUUCACUGGAAAUCCUUGUGUUGAUAGCAGGAUUUAGCUGCUAAUUUUUAUAUGCUUAAUUUUCCUAUGUUGUCAUUUUUAUUCCACUAUAAAUUAUCUUUUGAAAAUAGCAACGUCCAUCAAGCUGUUUUUCUGUGGGCUCUUUUUUCUCCCAUCAUCUGACCGGUACAAGAACCCAAAAAGGGCAAACUAUUACUUACUAUUACUCCAAACUAUGAGUCCAUCAGCAACAGAAAAAUUUUGGCGUAAUGAUGGCAAUGUUUGUGUACCAAGGCCCGGUGCGCUGCACACACACAGCGAUGCGCUGAGGGACUGUCCAUGUGGCAGAUCGGCAACAGCCUACAGCUGCCCGCUGUGUAUUUCUAUCUGUGCAGUGUGAAAUCAGUCUUAUUCAGUGUAGAUCUUAGUAAAUUUUGUUUAACUUCAUCAGCACAGUAAUUUAGCUUUAUAGCCUCAUGAAAUGUUGGAAGUAUACAAAUCAUACUCAAAAUACAUGUAUGCUGCCUGAAAAGGUCUACACUUUCAUUGUAUUAA